UCUGUCAGCAACGCUCCUGUCUUUUCUAUUGGCUGAUGGGAGGACACGCACUGUCAAUCAACUGACACACCGCAGAGCCCCGCCUACCCGCACCUGCAGCCGAGAGGGUCUCGCGCUCAGUUAGUCAGUUAGUCAGCGGUCAGAGCAGCUCGUGGGAGCAUGGAGGAGUGUGAUCUGCUGAAGGAGAGGCUCCAGGCCAUCACUGAGAGGCAUCGCAUUCAAGAGGACAUUAGACAGAAGAAACUGGAACUGGACCAGGAAAAACUCAAAGUACAGCAUCUAAAGAAAAAGGCCCUGAGAGAACAGUGGCUGCUGAAGGACUCCACCGUCCUCCAUGCAGGAGACUCCACACAACAGCAGAACCUUCUGAGUGACCAGCAGCAGACCAGAGCGCUGCAGCUGCACAUCCACAAGAUAGAGAUGGAGGUGGAAGCUCUGGAGAGAGAGGAGUCUAUGAUUUCUACCAAUGAGACCUUCAUCCUGACCAGACUGAAGGCUGUGGAGAAAAGUUCAGAGGCUAUCAUAAAGGAGGUCCAGGACAGCUUUGUUCCUGAACCGGUACAGGUCGCCACGGUGAUCCCUGACAUCCCAGAAUCCCUCUCUUCACCGAGCAGCACACACUCUGAACCCAACACAACAAGAAAGACUGUGUUUGCCAUGGACAUGAAUGUGACUAAAAACAUGCUGACUGGGGAGAACACGGUACUUUCUACUGCCACUGUUCCUCCUGAAGAGUUCCACCAGCACAACGGGCUGAAGGUGUUUGAUGACGGCAGGAAGUGUGUUUACGCCCUCAGUCCUCCAGAGGGGUCACAUGACCAGAGCAGUGUUUCUGAGCUGUCAGCCAAUGAGGUGGAACAGUUACUGAGAAGUGCCACGGUGCAUCGCCAAGCAACGCAUCAAAGCUACCACCAGAAUCCCAGGAAAAGAGAAGAUCUUAGCUUCUGUAGCCGCCAAGACCUCAGAGACCGAGAGCAGGAACGUUACAGAGCCGAGGAAGACUUUACCUGGCAGAGAAAACCACACGACGAUCACCGCUGUCACCAGGAAAGCCUUUACAUCAGGCACCAAGACAGAAGCAACCAUGGCAACCUGAGGGAACGACAGCGCCUUGGAAACCACAACGGCCUUCACCACGGCAACCAGAGCGAUCGUCACUGCAGCUCGUACAAAGUGAGAGAUCAUCACAGUGUUCAGGAAGACAGGCCGACCAGCCACCAAACCAACGGCAUCGUCAGAACCAACAGCGGGAUGAAUGGGAGCAGAUCCAGUGGCUUCUCUUCACUCAGAUCACAUGACCAGGAAGUAGUGAUGGCCCACCAACCACAGCUUAGCUACACUCCAGCCAGUUAUAUUCCUCUGAAAGAUUACAUCAGCGUUGACGAGGAGGAGCUUUAUCGCUACAACCGGCCGUCUUACAUCCAAACUGAGAACAGCCUCAGCCAAUCCAGCGCUCUGUACGGUGGCCCCGCCCACUGCGACCGGGUCCCCUCCCCCCUCUAUGGAGACGACACGCCUUACACCAUCCUCACCGCCUUGGACACCACCGAGCCCAUCACGGCCAUCUUCAUGGGCUUCCAGACGGCCCAGGACGACAGCGGAGUUCAGGAGUUUGACGGCUCCCUGAAGGCCGAGCUGGUCAUCAUCGAGGACACAGAGGACCACCAUGAAGACCUCAGGAAGGAGAAGAAGAACCACGUCCAGGGUCCAGGAAGUUCCACUAACAGACUUCUGGAGGGAGGUGGAGGACGGACAGAGAAGCGAGUGGGAGCAGGUAUCAGAAAGAUGCAGCGGAAACAGAAACCGUGCUGUAGAGUCUGCUAGCUGGACUAACGCAUGCCUGAGCCUCCAACACUAACUCGGUACACACCUGUCUGUUAAACUAACGGCUGAUUGCGGUGUUUGUUUGUUUUUAUGGUGUUUGAAAUGGGCUGCAUCACUCACACACUGACUGAAGACGUGGAAUCAUCAGCAGAGCCUCAUUUCUGCUUCAUCAGUGACUAGUCAGAUAAAGUUUGAUGAGCCUCUUGUCCUGUUGAAUCUCAGCCAUCUGUAAAGUUUUAGCCAUCAAUAUUUCUUAGCGCUGUAGUGACUAAAGCACAUGACUGAUGGGUUCUGUUUUGGUUCCAGGUAACGUUUGACUGUACCUUCAGUCACUGCUUUCUGGAGUUGAUUCCAACUUAGAGCUGGUUCCAGAUGUCCGUGUAGAUUCCCAGAUUCCUCGUCCUCCAGGUCAUUGGAGCCUCAGUCAGAAAGGAGCAACUGGACUGUCUUAUACAUUUAUAUCUUGCAUUUCCCUCGGGAUUAAUCUGUCUAUCCAUCCAUCCAUCUAUCCAUCCAUCCAUCCAUCCAUCCAUCCAUCCAUCCAUCCAUCCAUCCAUCGGCAGCAUCAGGAAACUCAGAAAAUACCUCCUAUAUGUCUUAUGUCUUCCAAAACAAUGAUCACAGUUUAACAGUUUCUGUAUCAGUUUGUAGAGAAAUUAUUUUAAAUGUAUUUUGGAGAAUAUAAUUUUAAAAAAAUGAUCAAAAAGAUACAGAAAACACAGAUUUUGUACACCUAAUAUCCAUGUUAAAUCCUCCAACACAUAAAACAUGAUUUGGACAUGCCAACAAGUUCAAACUGAUGUUGAUUUUUCACCUGAGGAGGAGCUGCCCUACCUCACUGAGACUGAUGAUGGAGUGUCACCUUGUGGCCAAGUUUGGUACGACAUUCCUCUGCCACUUCAUACUUCUGCUCUACUCUUAACUCAGCUGUUUUUAUUUGUAACUGUGCAUUUUAGAAUUUUACAUAAAACAACAGGUGAUCACCAGUGUUCCAGUCUAAACCAGGUGUUUAUUCACCUGUGACUCCUCAUAGAAGUUCCAAACCAUUUGGGACCUAAAUAAACCAACAUAUCAGAAAAAUCAGAGACUAGAGAAAUGCUUUUUGUAUCAUCUCAGUACCUCACAGAUCGGUCUGGUGUCAGCUUCAAAGGUUUUUUUUGUGAAAUUGGACCUAAUGUGGGUCAUGCAUCGAUCCAUCUGUUUGUGUUAAAUGUUUUGAAUAUAACUUUACUUACACUUGUAAAGACCAUGAAUAAAUCACUGGCAGUCUGGAGUUUCCAAUAA